AUGGGUCUACAGACUUAUAUUCCUGAGCUUCCUCAUAGCACAAGUCUUGAAGGUAGAACUGUCCUCGUUACUGGCGGCACGAACGGUAUCGGCUUCGAAGCUGCCCGUCAGUUUCUCACCUUUAAAGUUCCCCGAAUUAUAAUCACAGCCCGCAAUGCAUCCAGGGGAGCAGAAUCUGUACGAGCUCUCCGUGCGGACCCCGAAGUUGCAAAACAUAAUCCCAACGCUAUCAUCGAUGUUUUUGACUUGGACCUUGAUGAUUACAAGUCCGUCAUCAAAUUGUGUGACCAAGUCAGGAGGGAUGCUCCUGAUUUAGAUGUGCUAGUCUGCAAUGCUGGUAUGGCACAAAUGGCAUUUAAACUGAGUGUCACUGGACAUGAACAGAUUAUGCAAGUGAACUGUUGGAGCAACUUCCUACUCGUCCUAGAAUUACUUCCUGUUCUCCAGGCUAGUGCAGCAAGAAAUAAACAACCAUCUCAUCUAACAUUCGUUGGAUCUGGCAUGCAAAUGGGACAUUCCCUUGCCUCAAAUCCCAUUCCCUCAUCCGAAAACGUCCUGAACUUUUUCGAUGAUGCCAAAACAGCCAACAAACUGAAACGGUACAAUGAUAGUAAACUGGUUGUGAAUGCCUUUAUUCGCCAUCUAGCGACAGUGGUGCCUAGUUCGGAAGUUAUUGUGAAUAAUUUCUGCCCGGGCGCUGUUCCGACAAAUCUUGAACAAAAUACUCCCUGGUUGAUCAGGAAAAUUGUGUUGACAGCCAAGAAUUUGAUUGGAAGAUCCAUCCAGGAAGCAGGUCGAACAGUGGUCUAUGCAUCGGUUCUGGCCGGUCCAGAGAGCCAUGGCAAGUUUUUGCAGCACAAUGCAGUUGUCCCGUAA